GGGGCGAGCAGAGGGGGCGGAGCCGCCGGCGCUGAAGCUGAGGCAGAGGCUGAGGCAGCGGCUGAGGCUGAGGUGGCUGAGGCUGAAGGCGGCGGCGACGGGGGGCUCCUGGCCGGGGCCGCGGGGCCAGCGGAGCCCGCCGCUGCGCCGAGAGCCGGACGCCGGCAGCCCGCGGGCGCAGCGUGACCUGAGGAUUGAAGUUUGUCAAGCUGGACAUGGAGGACUCAAGGAGUGGCUGAAGGCACACACCAGCCCAGUGCAGCAUCAAACUUGCUAUUUUAGUGCCGCCGCCGCCGCCACUGAGCUGUGAUCUCACUUUGCUUGUCCUGAAGGAGUUUUGUCUCAGGACUUGAGCCAAAAUAAAAACUAAACAAAUUUCAAGACAGAAGUGGUCUCCGCCAGUCAAGAAACCCUCAAAAGCAUUUUACCAUGGAUAUAGAAGAUGAAGAGAAUAUGAGUUCCAGCAGCACUGAUGUUAAGGAAAACCGCAAUCUGGACAACAUGCCCCCCAAGGACAGCAGCACACCUGGGCCUGGCGAGGGUCUUCCACUCUCCAACGGGGGUGGUGGUAGCACCAGCAGGAAGCGGCCCCUGGAGGAGGGCAGCAAUGGCCACUCCAAGUACCGCCUGAAGAAGCGAAGGAAAACACCAGGGCCCGUUCUGCCCAAGAACGCCCUGAUGCAGCUGAAUGAGAUCAAACCUGGCUUACAGUACAUGCUGUUAUCCCAGACAGGACCUGUGCACGCGCCUCUGUUUGUCAUGUCUGUGGAGGUGAACGGGCAGAUCUUUGAGGGCUCCGGCCCUACAAAGAAAAAGGCAAAACUCCAUGCUGCUGAGAAGGCCUUGAGGUCUUUUGUCCAGUUCCCCAACGCCUCUGAGGCACACCUGGCCAUGGGAAGGACUCUCUCUGUGAACACAGACUUCACAUCUGACCAGGCCGACUUCCCCGACACACUCUUCAAUGGCUUCGAGACUCCAGACAAGUCAGAGCCACCCUUCUAUGUAGGCUCCAAUGGGGAUGACUCCUUCAGCUCAAGUGGAGACGUCAGCCUGUCAGCCUCCCCAGUGCCUGCCAGCCUCACCCAGCCUCCUCUGCCCAUCCCACCUCCAUUCCCACCUCCCAGUGGGAAGAAUCCUGUGAUGAUCUUGAAUGAGCUGCGCCCAGGGCUGAAGUAUGACUUCCUCUCUGAGAGCGGGGAGAGCCAUGCCAAGAGCUUUGUCAUGUCGGUGGUGGUAGAUGGCCAGUUCUUUGAGGGCUCAGGGAGAAACAAGAAACUUGCCAAGGCCCGGGCUGCACAGUCUGCCUUGGCCACUGUCUUCAAUUUGCACUUGGACCAAACACCAUCUCGCCAGCCUGUCCUCAGUGAGGGUCUUCAAUUGCACUUGCCACAGGUAUUGGCGGAUGCUGUCUCACGCCUGGUCCUGGGUAAGUUCAGUGACCUGACAGACAACUUUUCCUCCCCCCACGCACGAAGAAAGGUGCUUUCUGGAGUAGUGAUGACCACAGGUACAGACGUCAAAGAUGCCAAGGUGAUAAGUGUUUCAACAGGGACGAAAUGUAUCAACGGUGAAUACAUGAGUGACCGUGGCCUCGCACUAAAUGACUGCCAUGCAGAGAUAAUCUCCCGAAGGUCCCUGCUCAGGUUUCUUUAUGCACAGCUUGAGCUUUAUUUAAAUAACAAAGAAGACCAGAAAAAGUCCAUCUUUCAGAAGUCAGAACGGGGUGGGUUUCGGCUAAAGGAUACUGUACAGUUCCACCUGUACAUCAGCACCUCACCCUGUGGAGACGCCAGAAUAUUCUCCCCCCAUGAGCCAGUGCUAGAGGGUAUGACGCCAGAAUCUCACCAGCUGACAGAACCAGCUGAUAGACAUCCAAAUCGGAAAGCAAGGGGACAGCUAAGAACAAAAAUAGAGUCUGGUGAAGGGACAAUCCCUGUGCGCUCCAACGCCAGCAUCCAGACCUGGGACGGGGUGCUGCAGGGGGAACGGCUGCUCACCAUGUCCUGCAGUGACAAGAUAGCACGCUGGAACGUGGUGGGCAUCCAGGGGUCCCUGCUCAGCAUUUUCGUAGAACCCAUCUACUUCUCCAGCAUCAUCUUGGGCAGCCUGUACCAUGGGGACCACCUCUCCAGGGCCAUGUACCAGCGGAUCUCCAACAUAGAGGACCUGCCGCCACUCUACACCCUCAACAAGCCCCUGCUCAGCGGCAUCAGCAAUGCAGAGGCACGACAGCCAGGGAAGGCACCCAACUUCAGUGUCAACUGGACAGUGGGUGACUCUGCCAUAGAGGUCAUCAACGCCACAACAGGGAAGGAUGAGUUAGGACGCCCAUCCCGCCUGUGUAAGCACGCGUUGUACUGUCGCUGGAUGCGUGUACACGGCAAGGUUCCCCUCCACCUGCUGCGCACCAAGAUCACUAAGCCCACUACAUACCACGAGUCCAAGCUGGCAGCGAAGGAGUACCAGGCUGCCAAGGCACGUCUGUUCACCGCCUUCAUCAAGGCGGGGCUGGGCGCCUGGGUGGAGAAGCCCACAGAGCAGGACCAGUUCUCCUUCACUCCCUGAGCCAGGCGGGUGUCGAGCCCAGAGUGCGAGGCUGCAGGGUCGUCCUCCAGAGCCUUGCAUCUGAACUGGGACAGCUGUGCACCUUGGGGAGGGCAUGGGGAGUCUGGGGGAACCACUGGACAUCAAGCACCAUCCCCAGCAGCUCUCACCCCAACAGGGCAGCAUGGGGAUGUAGGGUGCCGGGCACCUCACAUGUGAAUGGGGAUCAGGUGCACAGUGGGGGUGCAUGGGGGCACAGGGGUCCAUCACCACCCCUUGCCACACAUUUCCCCUCUUGAGCUACCCAGUGACCGCUUUAUAUCUCAGUUUACAUUAGACAUUGAGUUCUACUGAGUAGGGCUUCCUAAGUAUAGGAAAAUAGAAAUUACUUUGUGUGAGAUUCUUGAAUAAAUAAUUUAUUCAGAGCUAGAAAUGAGAUUUAUAAAAUAAGAAGUAAUUAUGUCAGGUCACUUUUAUGCCACAUUAUUUUAAUUGCAAAAAAAAAAAAA